AUGGCGAGCUCAUCGUCGUCAACUCCUCCGUCGGGCGCACAACCCAAAAUCAUAGAAGAAAUAGUCGAGGCUGGUAAAAAAGCCUUUGAUCCAGCUCUUAAUGAACAAGAACGCGACAUCGAAAAAUAUGAGAAACUCAUUCAAAGUACACCGGUUUGGAAGCUUUUACCUGCUCUCAAUGCACUCAUAAAACCGUCUAUUCUUCCACCAUGGCUGCGAGACCCAGUGCUUCAAACACUUACCCUACUUCCCUUGCGUCCAACUGGGGUACGAGGAACCAUGGAGUUCGUCUUCUCAGUCCAUCCUAGCAAUAUAGGUAGGACUCCAGAUGCCGGCUCUGGUCCUCAGAAGCAAGGAGCCAGUAUCACUCAUGAGGGCAUUGCCGUUGCAACAAAACUCCUCUCUUCGGUCCCUGCUAGCAUGACACCACAGGCGUGGUUCGACGGCAUCUCGGAACAACUGUUCGAGCUAAUUGAUGGGACUGCUGGUCCCGAACUGGCCAAAACUGCAUCGCAGGUUGUUGGCUUCGGCGUCCUUGGGAGCAAGCAGUACGGCGCUCCUGGAUCACCCGGUUGGAAUGCCUUUGUUCAACCGCUAGUGCAAGACUUGAACCCAUCUUUGCGGCACAUGUCAAACUCCAAGCCUGCAGCCACAAAGCAAGAGGACGAAGAAAUCGUUGAUCUCAGCCGAGAUCGCGUUAUAGUCGUCCCAUACUCACUCAAAACCUCGUUACAGCGCCUCAAAACUCUGGUGAUAUCGAACUCUUCACCUGGCUUGUGCAGACGCCUCCUUAGACUUGUGUUGGUUCAAGUCUGGGUACUUGCCUCAUGGUCGAACCCACUGCCAAAUACCGAAGAGGAAUUUGUACAACCUGCCCGUACUCUACUGCAAGCCUACCUAAGACUUUUUGGAAACGCUGAAAGCGUUCGGCCUUUUGUACGGAACCUUCUUUGCAAGGGUGCCGUAGACGGGACAGAAAAGCCUUGGGAGUAUCGACUUAAGGGUAAAGGAGAAAUCGAAAUAAUAGAACCUCGUGGAUUUGGGCCCAAAAUAGGCAUUGAGCUAAAUUGGAACGAACUUGAGGAUAAGGCAGCCAAGCUGGUUGAAUGCAUGACGACAGCUUGUUCUGUCACCGAAGUGUCUUCCAUCUUCCUGGACUUACUCAAGCGUUGGAUUGAAUCAUCAGACAAAGAGACUGAAGAUGUGAAGAUCGAUGUCCGCCCUAAUACGGGGAAAUCGGACUCACCUCUUCAAAGCCUCUUGGAAGUUACUGUACUGCAAAAACUUAUGGACAAGGCACCCGAGAAGCUCGUGAACCAGUUCGACCAGUUACUGGAACUCGUCUGUCAGGUUCUCACAGCAGAUACCCAGUCAAGAUUGGCAGAUGAUCUGCUUGCAGUGGUGCUGAGUUUGCUCAAUCUCGUCAUUACAGCACCUACAUUCCAGAAGUCACACAUCAAACCAGAGGAGCUCAAGGUUGUUGAAUGUGCCCUGGAAAGACUGAGUAACGAAGACAGACCCCAAGUAACACCCACAGCAAGAAAUUUAGCUCUACUUCUAAAAUAUCGGGACGAAAUGGAACAAGACGACGAACCGGCUUCGGCUCCCAGUGCUAGACAGAUUGAGGAUCAAAGAACAUACAAACUGGCGAUGGAGUAUGUUACCGGUGGCGAUGACAACCCAGCCCCUAUCGUGACGGAAGGUCUGAAUCUACUCUCUGGCCUCAUACUGAGAGACAGUCCAAUAUUGGACAUCCCCGCUGUUGCUGUUCUACUGUCCACUCUCCUUGAAAAUAACGACGAUUACAUUAAUCUACGAGUCGUCAAAGUGUACACACAGCUGGCAAACAAACACCCUAAGUCGGCCGUGCAGGAGCUUCUGGAUCACUACCUGGAUGCACAAGAAAAAUCUACGACGGAUGUGCGACUGCGCUUUGGAGAGGCCUUGUUGCAAGUGAUCCAAAGACUAGGGGAGACUUUUGCUGGUGACGUUGCGCAGCAGGUCAGUGAGACCUUGCUAUCAAUUGCUGGACGGCGUGGAUACCGACCCAAGACUAUGGCGAAACAGGCUCGUGAUGAAAAACGGCAGAAGAUGAAAAAGAAAAAGGAGGAGGAGGAAGAAGUCGAUGGUAUGAGCAUGGACGACGAGGAGGUAACAGAAGAAGAAAAGGCUAGGAAUGACAUCUUGGCCCAAAUCCUUCAGGGAUGGGAGAGUAAGCGCGGUGCAGAAGAUGUCCGAGUUCGUACUUCUGCGCUAUCAAUCUUCGGCGCCGCGCUCGAAACCAAUAUUGGUGGUAUUGGUCCAACACUUGUGUCCGGAAGUGUUGAUCUUUGUAUCAACAUCCUAGCCAUGGAACGAGAGAUGGAGACGGCGAUUCUACGAAGAGCUGCUAUCUUAAACGUGCUGAGUUUUGUAAGGGCACUUGACGCAGCCAAGGAGUCUGGUCGCAAACUCGGCUUUGGUCUUACCGACGAUAGUCGAGAGGAUAUCGUCAGGACACUGCGGUAUGUGGCUCAGGCGGAUAACGAUGGAUUAGUGCAACAACACGCGAAUGAUGUGAUUGAGAGCCUUGAGAACUGGCAGAUGGCAAGCAUGUUGCCUGCGCAAGACCAGACGAACCCACCAGGUCUCACAAAGCUUGCGGGCCUCCACGUAAAUCCAAGCGGAACUCUGGUCGAUGAGUCUGGCAGGUCUCGGCCAAGGAUCGAAGAAGUGGAAUAA